AUGGACGUCCAGGACAGUAUCGAUAUCGCCACGCUGCAACGCGUCGCGUUGGGGCUAGCUUUCCCAUCUAGCCCGGUGAAAAUUGACAGCGCCUCGCUGCAUGAAACCGACAAUCCCGACGACCAUCGCUCUAUCCUUCGUUCUUCUGGUGAUGCCUUGCCAACAGGUCAAGGGCUAGCCGCGAAACCGUCAUCGGACCCUGCAAGCUCCACAACGAAACGCACUCGCCGUCCCUUUCUGCGUCGGCAUCAUGAAAUAGACCCUAUGGCUUCACGUAACAUUUCGACCAGCCAAGGCCCGCAGCACUUAUCUGGAACAAAAUCUGGAAGAAACAUGGAAUCGGCCGAGGUUGCCCCUGGAGAUACUCAGAUUGUUUCCCAAUCAGUGUAUGACAGCAUCAUACGACAGAACGGAGAAUCGAUAUACCACGAUAUGUCACAAAAUGGGGCCGACGGGGCAACUCUGUUGACUCUACACGAGGGUGACAGCGGUCACAUCAAUCUGCUUUCUCAAUUCGGCACAGAUUCACACGACGCAUCACGGAAGCUUUCUUCGGAGCAUGACGAGGAAAGCAAUUACGACCCAGGCGAGUCAUCACCGAUGGCAUACCAGCCUGAAUUGUUCCCGGAAUCGCAGCGUUUCUUAACAACAACACCUGGGACAGCGGUGAAGAAAAAUCAGACUCCAGGGACCACGACCCGGACACCUAGUGUCUCACAUAAUCCAUUGGCUGGAGAUAUUGAGUCAAGUGGAGGUCUCCUCGCUUUGAGCCAGGUAUUCAGGGCAACCCAGGCUCCGUCUUCUCCCUUGGCGCAUGGUCAACAACCAGAGCUGGUGUCAGACCGUCCGUCACCGAACAUUCCGAUCCAACAAGCUCGCAUCGGAAAUUUUAUUUCCUCGCCGCUAACUACAAUGCAUGGGUUACCCAGGGAGUCGUCGGAGCCGAAUUUGAACUACAUAUCUUUGAAUGAGUCACAGACAAGGCGUGACAAAUCUUUGGGGGAGAGACUCACACGGUCGGCAGGUGGUAUUCCAACAAGUGAUGAGUUGGAUCAGGAGUUCUAUAAAGAAUCGAGCUUUGUCGAAAAUGCGCGCCGUCAACGCCAGAUUGAGGAGGAGACUGCCGCGCAAUUUGCGGCAUUGAAGGCUCCUUCUCGAUCCGUAACUGGUAUUACUACUUCACCCCAUCGUUCUGGUCAUGAGAUUCAUCACGAUGAGGAGAUUCCCGAAGCUGCAGGAAGCGAAGAAGAAACCGAGCAAGAAGAAGAUCCCGGCCCUCAAGUUCCUCAAUCUCAAGAGCUUCCACAUUCCUCAGAGGAGGACAAAGAAAACUAUAACGGUCCUCCUGUUUUGGUGGCAGCGACAAACAGCGCUCAUGACCGCCUCUCUCAGGCUUUAUCGUUUGGUGAACACGCAGCAAUAGCCGAUCAGUGCGCUAUCAUUUCUGGUCCAAACUCACCAGACACUGGAAACCUCGAUCUGUAUAUUUGUCGAUCCUCACAAGUGAUGGUCAAGGACUCCCAGCAGUCCCCUCGAUCAUCGCUCAACCGAGCCGAGACCGAAAUGAACGCGCCUUCCCAUCCAGUUGGAAUGGAGCCUGACUCUGUCUAUGAUACCGGCUCAACAUCACCUAGACAUGGAUAUCAUAUCUCAGUUGGAGUUGAUGAGAACUUUGUUCAAGAUUACUCUCCCAAGAAAAAGAAUAUGCAUGCCCCUUCUCGCAACAAUUCCGAUCCACAGAAUACAGGUUCAUCUGCGAACAUAACCGAAACUGGGCCUGGUGAUAAAUCAUCCUCUUUGCCAUCGCGUAUCACAGAAACUCCAGUACAUCUGCGGCCCCAGAUUGGAGAUAUAAGUCGAUUAACCAGUAUUCCGGAAACCAGCCCCAACCAAGCACAGCCUAAUGAAUGGGAUGGCGAAUCCAAUGGAGGUGCAUUGAAUGAUGAAGAUGAUGACCUCCCCCCAAUAGGUAUCCUGUUGAAACAGUCACUCGAGCCGCCUUGCCUCGACUUUCACAAAACCAUUCUGUCUAGUCCAAGUGGACGACAGCGUCGAGCUCUAACUGCAAUUGCUCUUGACCAAUCCCCAUUGGUGGAUAACAAAUUUGGAGAUUUCGACCUGAAUUUUCUCACAGCUGAUGACGAGGAAUUCAAUGCACUUGUUAUUGACGGGUCUCCAACACGCCCAAGAAAAAGGCGCCGUGGAAAUUUGGGCCAGAGCUUCCAUACAUCUGAUACCACCGUUCCUGCCACGCCUCGUGCACAGCCCCCCAAGACUGUUGCGCCCAUAGUAGAACCGAUUAGCUCCAUGAAACCACAGUCUCCCGCUGAAAUCCAUGUUCCUUCAACUACUGUUCGCAAGUCACGCUCGGGCCAUUCUUCUCGGCGAACCGAAAAUAUCUGGGAAAUGGAGGGCUCGCCGCAACAAGUUAUUCGGCGGAGAUCCAGAUCAAAGCAUGGCCGAUUCAUCGAACCUAGGAGUUCCAAAGGACAGCAAGCAUCAGUUCAGAAGAUUCCUACCAAGCCACCUGCUUGGCCCGCUGUUGUUAUCCACAACCCUCCUGUCAUUACCUCUAAUCUUACAGGCGUUCAUAUACCCUCCGGGGACACGAUACAACCUGAAAGCAACAUCGUCAAUAGUUCUCCUGUGACACCGCAAGCUUCUCGAACUGCUGGGCCUGACGAUCAGAUAGCCCUGAAGCAAGUUCUUGCGGUGUGGAUGGGUCAAAAGCGUGCCUAUUACCCGGCAACAUGUUUUGGAACUCCUUUGGGCGUGUCCCAGUCAAAGUUUUCUGUCAAAUUUGAAGACAGUCUUCCUGUAGAAGUGGUGAAGGGUGCUGUCAAAAGAUUUGAACUUCGCAUCGGAGAUGCAGUGAAGGUUGAUAUGCGUGAUGUUCCGAAAAUCACUCAUAUUGUUCGGGGUUUUGAUGAUAAGCUCACGCGAGAAGAGCUUCUCGAUGCUGCUAGUAAGGGUUUAUAUCCUCAGACAGAUAUCUAUGGCCACACUACGGUGAUUCUUGGGCCCAAACAACGCAAAAGUCUUCCCCAUGGUGGCCUCAACAACUCAGAGAAUGUGAUCAAGGUACCGAUUGGAAGAAUCUACCUUGACACCAUCCUGUGGAAUCAGCUCAAGGACCGAGCAUUCACUUACCAGCCCGAAAUAGUCCCUCAGGAAAACCACCCUCACACCCCCUCCGAGAAGUCUUCUCUUCCGGCGUCCCCAAGUGCCCGCUUUUCCCGCAGUAUUAAUAAUUCUGGCGGUAUCUUUGCCAACAUGGCAUUUGCUGUUUCUUACAAAGAUGAGACUUCAAAGAACCGUGUCUCUAAACUCAUUCAGGAAAAUGGUGGGUCUGUCCUGCGUGACGGAUUCACUGACCUCUUUGAACCCUCAUCAAUCCAUCCUAUUACUACUCCCACAAAAGGCACUGCUGGCAACCAAGCCACCUGUAACUCUGGUUUACGUCUUACCAGCCUGGCCGAAGAGAUUGGGUUCAGCUGUUUGAUCACAGACACGCAUUCCCGCCGUGAGAAGUAUAUGCAAGCGCUGGCUCUCGGCCUCCCUUGCCUUAACGGGCGUUGGGUUGAGGACUGUGUUGCCAAGGGACGUGUGAUUGACUGGGCCAUUUAUCUUCUCCCAGCUGGCGAGUCAAAGUACCUUAAUGGAGCCACCAAAUCUCGAGUCAUGCUGCCCACCUCUCCAACUGAUGCACAUUUAUCAGAUACCAUCUCAUCAAGACCGAAGCUUCUUGGCGGAAAAUCGGUUCUCAUUGUCACUGGUCGUGGCAAAGCAGGAGAGAAGCGCAGGGCGUAUAUUUUCCUCACGUUCGCUCUUGGGGCCGCUCGUGUGGAGCGCGUCCCCGACAUUGAGACGGCUAGGGCCCUGUUAGAAUCUCAAUCUGAGGCUUCUCUUCCGUGCAGUUGGGACUUUGUUUAUGUUGAUGAUGCAGAUGAAGCUGCUGCGCAGUCAAUAUUGACACCUCGUCCGAAAACUCAGAAAGUUCACUUAAUUCAUGGCAGAAAAAGGAGAAGGUCGACGGUGACGAUGUCUACUCCAAGUCAAGAACCACCCUCAUCUACUGCCAGAGUUAUCGGCAACGAAUUCGUUUGUCAAAGCUUGAUUUUAGGACGUUUGUACGAAGAAUGA